ACAGAGGAGGACGGUAUAAAAGAGGGAGAACACUGUACUGUAGACACUCAGAGCACAAGAGAGGAAACAGUGAAUCACUGUAGACAACUAUCAAACCAAAGGACUUCAUCCUAACUGGGCCAUAAUGGAGACAGAGAAGAAGACUCAGACAGCAGCAGAGCAGAUGACAGACAGGGAUCUGUCCGAACAAAUCAAAAAGGUGACGAAAGAGAGUCACGUCAGGGCAGAAAACACAGCACUGAUGCUGAGCUUCCAGAGGGGACAAGUUACCCUCCCACAAUAUAAGCUCCUCCUGUGCUCACUGUAUGAGAUCUACCAGGCCUUGGAAGAAGAGCUGGACAGGAACGCCAACCACCCUGGUGUUGCACCCAUUUACUUCCCCGCUGAACUGGCCAGGCUGGAGUCCAUCGAAAAAGACCUGGAAUACUUCUACGGCCAGGACUGGAGAGAGAAGAUCGUUGUCCCUGCAGCCACUAAAAGAUACUGCCACAGACUCAGACAGAUUGGUAAAGAAAACCCUGAAUUUCUGGUUGCUCACGCUUACACCCGGUACCUUGGUGACCUGUCUGGAGGGCAGGUCCUGGGUCGCAUCGCUCAGAAGUCCAUGGGCCUUAAGAGCAACCAGGGUCUGUCAUUCUUUGCCUUCCCUGGAGUCUCCAGCCCCAACCUGUUCAAACAGCUCUACCGCAGCCGGAUGAACAGCGUGGAGCUGACGGAGGAGGAGAGGAACGGCGUGCUGGAGGAGGCCGUCAGAGCCUUCGAGUUUAACAUUCAGGUCUUUGACGACUUACAAAAGAUGCUGAGUGUCACUGAAAACCACCUGCAGAAUGGUUCAACACACUCCAAACCAGUAACGACACUCCAGAUCCCUGGAGCCAUUAUCAACACUUCCCCCCUGCUGAGGAUGGUCCUCGGACUCUUUGUGGCUCUGGCUACCGUCAGCAUGGGAAUCUAUGCCUUUUAGAGACGAUACACAACAGUUAAUAUGAUUUUAAGAUCUUUGCUUUUGUACUGUAAGACUAUUAAAACCCUUACCUGAUUAAAAUUCUGUAAGAUUUUAACUGUCUAUAAAUACCAAUAUACUGUAUAGUAUUUUCAUAAUUUAACAGAGAACCACAUUUGUAUGUGCACUGAAUGUAAUUAUUUCUGACUUUUUAGUUCCACAACUUGCUCUGUAACACAGUGCAUGUAAAACAUGCACUGAAAUAUGAUACUUGUAUACUAAUAGUAAUGUAAAUACAUUAUUUUUUUUAAUAAAAUGUUUUUGUUGUAAGAAAAUACUUUUUGUGAAGUAUUUGACUGAGCUCAGGUUGGCACUGUUCAUGCAUGCUAUUUUCUUGUAAUGGGUAUGACACUGCUGAUGUUCAUGGUC